UCUGGUUGUGCAAAACGGGCAGGAGCGCGAGGGAGACCGGCACUGACUUAACACCAGCAACAAUUGAUGAAAAAUAAAAAGCAAUGGGGAAAGUGAAUUUUGUCAUGAUGAACUAAUGAAGAGAGAAAACGGAACACGUCAAGGUUGUGACAGAACAUAUGAAGAACAGAAAGACAACAGGUUGAAUGAAAAGGGGUCUCAGAUAAGAUACAAUUUCAAGAAUGAUCUGGACUAUUCUUGGAAUGCACAGCCGGUUAGCACCCAGAUGACACUAGCCCUAUCUUGACAAGAUGGGAUUCCUCGGGGGAAAGAACUCGUUGACCACUUGAAUGCAAAGAGAUAGAGGGUAACAUUUCUCCUGGAAUUUAGUCCAAAUUAUUUGGUGUAUUUUUCUGUUUCCACUUUACCAUACGUUUAAAAACAUAUUUCAUCAUAUUAUUAGCUAAGCAAGGGCAGAUAGAAAUAUGCAUUUGGGCAAAGCACUUCUGUUUUUCCUCCUGUUGAACUGUGUGACAAUGACUUUGUCACUAUCCACUUGCACCACUGUGGACAUAGACCACAUAAAGAAAAAGAGAGUAGAGGCAAUCCGAGGACAGAUUCUUAGUAAACUUCGAAUGACCAGCCCGCCGCAAACAGUGGGUCCGAAUCAGGUACCGUUUCAGGUGCUGGCGCUCUAUAACAGUACGAAGGAGCUGAUCGAGGAGUUGGGGAGAGACAGACAGCAAAGUUGUGGACAGGAUAACACGGAGACUGAAUAUUACGCCAAAGAGAUUUACAAGUUCAAUAUGAUUAAUGGACCACCAGAAAACAAUGACCUUCCCUACUGCCCCAAGGGCAUCACCUCCAAGGUGUUCCGCUUCAAUGUCUCGGCCAUGGAGAAGAACUCCACCAACCUCUUCAGAGCCGAGUUCCGAGCCCUUCGUGUCCCCAACUCUAGCGCCAAGAGGAACGAGCAGAGGAUUGAGCUCUACCAGAUCCUGCGGCCAGACGACCACAUAGCCAAGCAGCGCUACAUCGGGGGCAAGAACGCGCUGACCAAAGGAAUGCCAGAGUGGGUCUCCUUCGAUGUCACAGACACAGUCAGGGAAUGGCUCAUGUACCGAGAGACCAACCUGGGCUUGGAGAUCAGUGUGCACUGCCCCUGCCACACCUUCAACCCCAAUGGUGACAUCAUCGAAAAUGUCAACGAGGUGCUAGAUGUCAAGUUCAAAGGUGUGGAGGGUGACUACGAUGAGAGUCGCUGGGACCUGGGUAGCAGACUGAAGAAGCAGAAGGAGCAGCUCUUCCCUCACCUCAUCCUCAUGAUGCUGCCCCCUCACAGGCUAGACGCCCAGUCCUCAUCCCGCAGACGCAAGAGAGCCCUGGACACCAACUACUGCUUCUCUAACUAUGAAGAGAACUGCUGUGUGCGACCCCUCUACAUUGACUUCCGCCAGCAUCUGGGCUGGAGGUGGAUCCACGAGCCGAAGGGAUACUAUGCCAACUUCUGCUCCGGGCCCUGCCCUUACCUACGGAGCGCAGACACCACACACAGCUCGAUGCUGAGUCUGUACAACACCCUGAACCCUGAGGCGUCUGCCUCUCCCUGCUGUGUGCCUCAGGACCUGGAGCCCCUCACCAUCCUCUACUACGUGGGCCGCACCCCCAAGGUGGAGCAGCUCUCCAACAUGAUUGUCAAGUCCUGCAAGUGCAGCUAAGGGCCCCAGCCCAGCACACUGGGACCUGACAGGGCCUGCACGGCACUGAGGGAGUGGAGGGUGACGUGCCGUCUGUCCCACCACCAAGAGUACCUCUGUCCACCCUCAACACUCUCCACCCUCCUCAUUCCUCAGCCGAGCACACGCAGAGGGCCUGCAGAGAGAGACGCAGCCCACCACUCUACCCACAAUCCCCAGGCUGUGUGUCCAAAUGACUUUCAAAUACCACUCCAGACCCAGCAAUCUCAACGUCAACAUAACUUUUUAUUGGCCUUUUACAAUGGCUUUUUUCUUUUCAACGUCAAGUGUUUUCCUCAUUCUUUUGUCAAUAUUUCAGCCUUCUGAACUGCCCGUACCUUUGUGCCAUAUGACCACGGGCAUUCAAAGCCAACCUCUGAACAGAGGAAAAGAACAGACGAAAGCUGUUCGAGCCUUGACCACUGCCUACUCAAGGACACACCGUAGUUGCAGUCAAAAAGAGAGACCCACUGAGAACCUGGAUUUACAGUGCAAAUGACUACAUCAAAAGGGGCUAAAGCAAAAGCUCUGUCAGGCUUUUGAACCAUCCUCUUUAAUGGAGGCAUAACACAAGGCGUUGACGCACAGAACAGACUGUCUAUGCUGGAAACUAGCGUGGUGCGCACCACAGCUCCCUCUUCUUCUAGGACAGAUGCUGGUGGACUCAAGUUACCGGUAUCUUAGGAAAAAUACAACAUGCUGGAAACUAGCGUGGUGCGCACCACAGCUCCCUUACAUUGUUCGUCUAGGACAGAUGCUGAUGGACUCAAGUUACCGGUAUCUUAGGAAAAGUACAACAUGCUGGAAAACAACUUUUAUUCAACGACGUAUCUUCACGGUUAUGUUUACCUCGAAUAUGCAACAGAAUCAUGUUUUUAGGGAUUUUUUUUCCCGCAAAUGGAGCAGACUUUUCUGUUGUACAAGACGAUAAAUGUCACUAAGUGAACGUGUAAAUGUUUUUAUUGCUAUUACUCUUAAACACUUUUUUUUUAAAUAAAAAAAAUAGUCUUGGAAGAACAGAUGUUAUUAAAUGUUUGUAUCUGAAAGUAA